AUGCCGACUAUCACAGAAUAUUUUGGCAUUGGAUUUACCAACAACGGCCCGCUAACAACAACGUAUACGCCUCCUGCAAGCUGCACAACAGUAACGACGGACCAAAUCCUCUUCGCGCAGCCCGACUCUAUAACAGUCAGUUAUGGAGUUCCGACAUGCGAAUCUGCUUCAAUGGGAAAGUGCAUCCCAUCUGGAUCGAAUCAUGACAAGGUGGUCUCUUAUUAUAAUGCACAUGGAGGUCAGGGCACUAUUGACUACUAUUCACCUGGCAUAGCUUGUCCCAAGGGUUGGACUACAGCUGGCACGCUGGCACAUGGCAAUAAGACAGGUUCAGUCAACAAAAGAGGCGUUUUCACACAGACGAGAGACGUGUCUAUCAUUGAUCCGAAUAUGCCGCUGGAGCAAGUAUGGCUUAAUGCACUGGGUCCCUCUGAGACGCUGGCAUAUUGCUGCCCCAGUGGCUGGGUUGCUGCAAAGGCUGGAGGUUGCUUCUCAUCUAUCAAACCCCUAAGGUCAGCAACAUACACAGAGGUCUGCCGCAAAUACUUACCUCGAAGUGCAAUACGUUCCGUUUACACGGUAGAGGGAAGCAAGGUGUCGGAAUACUUGCACUCAGUGGUACCGGCGGAGCCAACUUCGACGAUCUGGCCGAUGACAGUCUUGCAAACUCUGGGGACUUUCAAGUAUGACGAACUUGCGGUUGUUAGACGCUUUCCUGCUGUGAAGCUUGUAUACAAGGAGUCGGAUCUGAAGCUAGCUGGGGACGGAGAUGAAAGCAACGGUGGGGAAAAUAGCGGCGACGAUGACGCUGAGGACGAGGAUGAUGAUAAUGGAGCCUCGAGUCUGUUGAUAAGUGGUGGGCUUUUCUCCAUUCUUGCGGUGCUCUUUAGCAUGCUUAUUGGCGCUGGUUUGGUGAUGUUAUAG